AAAUAUGUAUAAUCCAUAUAAGAGCCAAAGAUCAGUUAGAUCACGUUGCAGAAGACGAACGUAACGUGUACGUUUUGCAGAGAUUAAAGUUAAUUUAUUAUACAUAAAAAUGGAUGUUGGAGCCAAUACCAGUCAGAGUUUCCAAACGGCAGCCCUGCCGCAUUGUUUUCAACAGUUGUUCUGAACGGUGCGUGGGCGGUUCUACCAGUUUGCAAUUUGCAGUUCGCACUCGUCCACGCUCGUCAGUUCGUCACCGUUGCGUGUGGAUGGAAACUUUCAAGGCAAGAUUCGAGGGAGCUACAAGGGAAGGCACAGCACAUACGUUAAUCUGCUCAAUCAUUCGCGCCAUGGCAUAACACGCGAAAAUUCUACGAUUCGAAUUGCGACACUGCGACACUGCUGCGAGUACGUAGUGAGCAGUGCGAGCUUGCGGCGAGAGGAGCGAGUCUCCGCGACUCGUGAGGUUAAAAGUAGAAAUGUCCACGUGAUACGCUAUUGUUACUACGCGUUUUCGAGCGCGUUUCGGAGCGAUCGAAAUAUCGACGGUAUAUCCUAUCUUAUAUAUCUCGCACCCCGUACUCCGUAACCCAAGUUUCGCUUUCGUCGCUAGUCGCUCUCAGCAGUCCCAGCUCCGCUCCGGACACUCCGACAUGCUCCGGUGAUAAUUGAUAAUAGCCUAACGGAGUGAGCGGUGUCGGGAGUGUCAAGAGUGGAAGAAAGCGAGUGAACAAAGGUACCGCGCGACACGACGCGCGUUAAUUGAAACACGAUCAUUGGCCGGCAGCGUCAGCCGUCAGCCGUCAGCCUUCUCUCAACUUUCAGCUCUCAUUGUCAGUGUUGCUCUCAAGCCGAGUGAAGAGUGACAGUGACAGUGAAGCUGAGUGAAGCCGCUCGUUCGGCUCGUUGCCGGUUGCCGGUUGGCUGAUCUCUUCGAGAUCGUUCCGAGUUCCGAGCCGAGCCGAACCGAGCCGAGCAACUCCGAGCUCCGAGCUCCGAGCCCGAGCCCGAGCCCGAGGAGCCACGACUGCCAACAGUUUCGAGCGCGCACGUGUAGCACGUAGCACGUGUUCUUAGUGCUCUUCCUGUUUCCAGAGAGAGAGAGAGAGAGAAGCUUGGUUCCUCGGGCCCGACUGAAAAGUAAGGACGGUAGCGCGGCACCAGUCACCACGACUCACAAGGUUUCGGCUCGACGAAACGUAAAACGCGACGCGCGACGGGAAAUUAUGGCAGACUACGUAUUGGGCGAUAUAAAGCCGGCGGACGUGCCGCUGCCGGACGACGGUUUGUCGGCCGCGCAGCUAUUCGCCGCGGGUGACGGAUUGACUUACAAUGAUUUUAUCAUAUUUCCCGGCUACAUCGAUUUUACCGCGGACGAAGUCGAUCUGCUGUCACCGUUAACCAGAAAAGUCAUGCUGAAGGCACCCCUCGUCUCCUCGCCGAUGGACACCGUUACCGAGUCUGACAUGGCUAUAGCUAUGGCCCUGUCCGGCGGGAUCGGCAUCAUACAUCACAAUUGUAUCCCCGAGUAUCAAGCCAACGAAGUGCACAAGGUAAAAAAGUACAAGCAUGGUUUCAUUAGGGAUCCAGUUGUGUUGGCGCCGCAUCACACGGUCAACGACGUUUUAAACGUCAAGGCUGAGCACGGUUUUAGCGGAGUACCCGUGACGGACACGGGUAAAGUCGGCGGCAAGCUGCUAGGCAUCGUCACCUCCAGAGAUAUCGACUUCCUCGAACGUUUGCCUACGUACCAACGUAAACCGCUCUGCUCUAUAAUGACGACUUUGGAGGAUCUGAUCACCGCGCCGGCUGGCGUAACCUUGCAAGAGGCCAAUGUCAUUUUGGAAAAGUCCAAGAAGGGAAAGCUUCCGAUCGUCAACGAACGAGGCGAACUCGUGUCCCUGAUGGCGAGGACCGACUUGAAGAAGAACCGUAGCUACCCGAAUGCCAGCAAGGACGAGAACAAACAGCUGUUGGUGGGAGCCGCGGUAGGGACGCGAGAGACGGACAAGCACCGCCUCGAAUUGCUCGUGGCAGCUGGCGUGGACGUGGUCGUGUUGGAUUCCUCCCAGGGCAACUCGAUAUAUCAAAUCGAUAUGAUCAAGUACGUCAAGUCGCAGUAUCCAAAUUUACAGGUGAUCGCUGGUAAUGUCGUGACUACGAUGCAAGCCAAGAAUCUUAUAGAGGCGGGAGCCGAUGCGUUACGCGUCGGUAUGGGUUCCGGAUCUAUCUGCAUAACGCAGGAGGUGAUGGCCGUAGGGCGGGGUCAAGCGACUGCCGUUUACAAGGUUUCCGAAUACGCCCGAAAAUUUGGGAUCCCCGUCAUAGCGGACGGUGGGAUUCAGUUUAUCGGCCAUAUUAUCAAAGGUCUCAGUUUAGGCGCUAGUACCGUUAUGAUGGGUUCUCUCUUAGCUGGAACCUCCGAGGCUCCGGGCGAGUAUUUUUUCAGCGACGGAGUCCGACUUAAAAAGUACCGAGGGAUGGGCUCGUUGGAAGCCAUGGACAGGAAGGACGCCAAGGGCUCGGCGAUGGAUAGAUAUUUUCAUAACGAGAUGGACAAAUUGAAAGUAGCUCAAGGUGUCAGCGGCUCUAUAGUGGACAAGGGUUCGGUGCUUAAAUUUCUGCCUUAUUUGACUUGCGGGAUCAAGCACGGCUGCCAGGAUAUCGGAGCGAGGUCGCUCGCCGCCUUGCGAUCGAUGAUGUAUAGCGGGGAAUUGAAAUUCGAAAGAAGAACGCCCUCGGCUCAGCAGGAGGGCAAUGUACACAGCUUGUUCUCCUAUGAGAAAAGGCUCUACUAAUUAAGUAAAACUACGUGUAGAACAAAAAUUAUUAUUAUUAUUAUUAUUAUUAUUAACUCGUGUAAAGCACGCGUCUCACGUGCGGAAAGGUACCUGCAUUUAAUCGAAUAGCAGUUAUUUUACAUUUUACAAGACUAGAUAGACCUGCGAGAAAUCGUUAAUCUCCUUUUUACUUGUUGCAAAAUGUGCGAGCUAUACGAGCUACGCUUACUUGUACUUGCACUUGCUAAUGGAUAUGUGCCAUAUCUGUAUCCAUUAUCUGUAUAUGCUAUGUGGCAUGGCACUCGAUAAAUUUAACAUACACAUUUUAUAUUCACAACGAGCGAUAGUAAAAUCAAGUAGAAAAGUAGAUGAAUCAUGACUUUUUUGUGUCGUGCGAUGCAUUUACAUUUACACGACGUGGACUGAUCUACGUUAUUAAUAAUGUUAAUAUUAAUACACACACACACAGCACACAGCUGACACGUUGACCAAGUUAAGUAUUCGGCACGUGUGUGUAACAAUGAUUAAUGUCACAUAUGGAUAUGAUUACCCUACACAAUUUCAAAUGUUAUCCAUAAUAUAAAUAUAAAUAAAUGCCAAAACAGGAGAUCUCAUUCUUGUAUUCUUACAUUGUAAUGUGUAACAUUUGGUCGUCCAUAUGCAUACGAGAUAUGAGAUAUAACUCGUUUAAUUAUUUCUCUCGGCUUGUCUUUUGAUCGGCAGUUUACCAAACUUGGAAUUUUAGAGUUUUAAAAGAAACGUUUAAACCCCGAAGAAAAAUGGCGAAAUCUCUCUCUUCCCCAGGAUCAACUUGCAGACGAUAUAUUUUAUACAGUAUUCUUAAGGCUGUAUAUCUCGAAUAAAAAGACCAACUUGAUGUAACGUGUAAACACGA